UUCCAUUUCACUUCCACCGCCUUGAAAAGUGCUGUCUUUUUAUUCUUCAUUAAUAAAGAAAGGAGUUCUAUCUAAUGCGGUUAGCUCUAAUUUAUUUCGAACGAUUUGGAAAUCCAUUGCCCAGUGAGGGGGAGAAAGAGAGAAAUUGACGGGUAUGAGCCAAGCAGGCGACAAGCUGCUGCCAUCGUCAAGAAGCAGCAGUGAUGAUAUUGAUGGUCAAGUUCUGCCUCGUUCGCCACCGCCUUAUAUUCAACAACGAGAAGAUCACAACAGAGGACCUUCUCUGAAUGGUGGUGAAGGGUCAGGUGUCGCAAAAUAUGGAGAAUGCCAGAAGAAUCAUGCAGCUGCAAUUGGUGGGAAUGCAAGGGACGGGUGCGGCGAGUUCAUGCCUAGUGGAGAAGAAGGAACGCUCAAUGCCCUCAAAUGCUCGGCCUGCAAUUGCCAUCGUAAUUUCCACAGGAGGGAAAUCCUAGCAGUACACCCUUCAAUUGUAGAUGCUUCAAGAGGCUUGACAUUGCAUUUGCUACAGUCAGAUCCUCUUAAUAGUCCUACAGAUAAUGGUGGAGAUGAAACUCACAAGGUGGAGAUUGUUGAGAAGAAGAAGAGGAGGUACAGGACCAAGUUCACUGCACAGCAGAAGGAGAAGCUGUUGGCCUUCGCAAUGAAAGCCGGAUGGAGAAUGCAGAAGCUGGAUGAACAUGCAGUGGAGCAAUUCUGCGAAGAGCUUGGGAUCGAGAAGAGAGUUCUUAAGGUUUGGAUGCACAACAACAAGCAUAAUUAUCUCCCCAGCAAACGUUUAUAAUGCCACCUUUUCUCCUGGGUUCACGUAAUCCACCUCAUUCAUGUACUCAACCUUUCAUUCAUGUACUUUCUCUAUUCCGUGGCCAUCACUUUCUCUAAUUAGACAAUGAUCAUGCUGCAGUCGAUCAUUCAAGUUAGCGCUGUUUCAAUCUGUAUCUCUAAUCCUGUUUAGUCUGCUUGUUAAAGAGUCAUAUAAUUCCCACAUUCCCGCAUUACUGACGUAACAAUCAUAGUGUUGACAUAAUUGGUCCUACUGUCUUCUUUUAUCAA